AUGACGAAACACUCCGAUCUUCGCUACUUCAAAGAUGGGAUCUCUGUGAUAUCUCAAUGGACUGGGACUGAGUACAAGAACAUGGAAAAGGUUUUUCUGGGAGUUAUCGCAGGUGCAGCACCUCAGCCCAAUGUCACUUGUGCAGUUCGUGCGAUCCUUGAUUUUAUCUACUAUGCUCACUUCGAGCUACACUCCGAAGAAUCACUGAAAAAACUUGAGCAUUCCUGGCUCGAGUUUCACCGCUACAAGCAGGUCUUUGUCAACGAGGGGAUACGAGACGAUUUCAACAUACCAAAGGUUCACUCAUCCGAGCACUAUCCCUACUCCAUCCGCUAUCUCGGCACAGCAGACGGGUACAGCACAGAAGGGCCCGAGCGGCUUCACAUUGAUUUUGCGAAGGUCGCAUAUGCUGCCAGUAACCGAAAGGUGAACUAUGUCAAGCAGAUGACGGUGUGGCUUGAACGACAGGAAGCAGUUUACCGAUUUGACUCCUACCUUGCAUGGAUUAUGAAGAAUAACCCCGAUGCCGAUGAGAAAGACGAUGAGGAGGAUAUCGAUGUCGAUGAUCUGAUAGACGCGGAGACUUUGCGCACAGAGAAUCAACCUCAACAGUCCACACAGCCGCUCAAGGAAGGUCAGUUUGCAAGAGGCUAUGCUAUCGCGAAGGAACCUGCAUAUCCUCGUAUGACGGUGGCUUCAUUGAUGCACGAUCUUCAUGCUCCGGACUUCGUGAAAUGCCUUGAAGAAUUUUUGCAGAAGACUGGAUCCGGUGGCUCCAUACUAUUGCCCAUUCAUAACAAGACGCGUGUUCCGGUAUAUUCCCAGAUGAAGGUGCAGCUCCCUGUCGCACAACAGAUCACAUCGGAAGUGGUGGUCGACACAAUUCACGCAAGCACUCCUCGACCCACAAAAGGAACUCGAACUGAAGUACCUGCUCAGCAGUCGACGGUGCUUGUCAAGGACUCUAGUGCACAGUCUGCCUCAGGUGGCCCGCUUCAUGGAUUGCAUGUAGCACAAGUUCGUGCCAUCUUCAAGCUUCCAGAUGUGCUCGCUGUUGAGCAUUCAGACGCCGCUACUGUACUGCUUGCAUACAUUGAAUGGUUCACGCCAUUUCAUGUGGUUGACGCGGACACUGGGAUGCACGUUGUGACAUGGUCAACACGGCAACGCCGCCAGUUCGCAUCUAUCGUGUGGGUGACUGAUAUUACCUAA